GCAGACUCCAUAACUACACAAGCGUCUGGGUUCCUGUGAGUGUAGACAAAUUGAUGAAAAAAAUGAUAGAGGGCAGGGAUUUCAAUUAAUUAAGUUAAGACGGUAUUAAAGAAAUUCUAGCAGACAUCAAAACAAAUCUGAAAGUGAAAAGUAAUUUUAAACAUAGACAUCUAUAUUGACUGUAUUAAGCAUUCUUUAUAAUAAUUUAGGCAGUGGCGGCGUUUAAAACUUAAGAAAGUUCCAACUUCAAACUAAGUUUAAUUAAUUAUUAAUUAAACGCCAAACGGACAUCAGUCAGUUGAGUUACCCGUGUUAUAAAAUCUAAACUUUUUAAAAUAAUACAAACUAUUGAUUCGCUUAACUCAAGCAACAUCAACUAAAUCUAGUUACUUCUAAAAAUGGCAAUGAAUUAUCACAUGGAAGCUCGUCGUCGGCAAAGGUUCAUGGAAAGAGUUUGUGAGGCAAGGAAGCGCUUGGCAGCUGGGGCUGCAGCGCCAGAUGGAAAUGAUCAACGGCUACAGUGUGGAAUGAUAAAUAGCUGCACUUCUCAAUCUGAUCCUGUGAUAAGUACUGACCAGGGACAAUUUUAUCAAUCCAGAUGGACAUUAACACCAUUUCGUGUCAAUGAAGAGGGAUACAAGAAUAGAUAUCAAAACAGACAGCAUUUGGCACCUCACUGUGAUAAAGCCUAUGCCAUUUUGUAUCCUGGAUCUGAAAAUAGUGAUUACACUUGUCCAGAAACUCGCAAGAAUCGCAGAGAAAACACCUAUAUUGACAGUUAUGAAAUAUCAAAGCGGGUGAAUGGACAAUGACUUACUAGAAUAUGAUGUUUGGAAUCAUAUAUAAAACAAAGCUAUGAGAUUACUUAUAAAAUACUUAUUUUGUGUUAGUUAUUAGCAUUGUUGUUGUUUUCUUUUAUUCUAUUGUAGGCCUAAUGAUUAAUUGGAUCAUCAUUAAUAUUUUUUGUAGUUUAUGUAACUUAAGUUUUAAAAAAAAACUUAACAGUAAUUUUGAAGAAACAAACUUACUGCAAGAAUUGUUUGUAAUGGGGAAAUAUCCCUCAAGUAAUAGAUUAUUUAAUACUGCUUGUUAUAACUUGUGUGUUAUAUAUCCCAUAAUAAUUAUUAACAAUUUUGUAGUUCUAUUUACUACUCAAUCUAGAUGUUUUCAAACUUUUUGUCUAGCAGUAUAAUUUAUUGAUGUUCUUUCUAUUUUAUGCUUAUUGAAUAUAAAAUGCUAUUCUUUAAUGCUAAUUAAUUUUUUUUUUGCUUUAUGUUCCGCAUUCUGAGUCCUAUUAGUUGAGUAAUUAUUUACCUGAAUAUUUAUUCACCAAAAUUGUCCUAUUAGAUUCUUAUCCUACCUUUUGAAAUGUGUAUUCUUGUUGUUUCAAUCUAAUAUAUAAAACAAGUAGGUUACAGGGUUGCAAAACUUCAUUAUAUAUCUCAGCAUAUCUUAGUUGCAUGUUGUUUUUGUAAGGGUGGGAAUCAAAUUGAUUUGAAUUUUUAAAAAUUUGGUUUAACUCUUGU